UGGGGCGGGCUCAGAGGUCGUGGGGAUCAGGACCGGGUGCGGGUGUGGGUGGAGCAGGAGGGCCAGCCAUGCGCUGCUCCUUGCGCGUCUGGGUGCUGCUGGGGUCCCUGGCCCUGCUCUUCCUCACCUCCCUGCUCUUCUCCCUCUCCCUCCGGGGCGGCACCGGGUUGCCAUACCUGGAUCCCCCGAGCUGGGAGGAGUCUCGGCGGGUCAAGCUGGUGCCCAGCUACACCGGCACCCACCGGCUCGGCCCACAAGGGGGCGGCCAGCCCAAAACCUGCGCCUGCCAGCGCUGCGUGGGGGACCCCGGCGUCUCGGAAUGGUUCGACGAAAAUUACGACCCUGAUAUCUCACCCGUCUGGACCCGGGACAACAUCCAGCUUCCUUCCGACGUGUACUACUGGUGGGUGAUGCUGCAGCCACAGUUCAAGCCCCACAGCAUACAGCAGGUGCUGUCGCGCCUCUUCCAGGUGAUCCCGGGCCACUCCCCCUACGGGUCCUGGGACCCCGGCCGUUGCCAGCGCUGUGCCGUGGUGGGAAACUCCGGCAACCUGCGGGGGGCGGGGUACGGCAGGCUGAUUGACAGGCACAACUUCAUCAUGAGGAUCAACCUGGCUCCCACGGUGGGGUACGAGGAGGACGCCGGCAGCCACACCACCCACCACUUCAUGUACCCUGAGAGCGCCAAGAACCUGGCGGCCAACGUCAGCUUCGUCCUGGUGCCCUUCAAGACCUUGGACCUUCUGUGGAUCACUAGCGCGCUGUCCACCGGCCAGAUACGCUUUACCUAUGCUCCAGUGAAGCAGUUCCUGCGUGUUGAUAAAGACAAGGUCCAGAUAUACAACCCCGCGUUCUUUAAGUACAUCCAUGACCGCUGGACCCGGCACCACGGCCGCUACCCCUCCACAGGCAUGCUGGUCCUGUUCUUCGCUCUGCACGUGUGCGACGAGGUGAAUGUAUUUGGCUUUGGGGCCGACAGCCGGGGCAAUUGGCACCACUAUUGGGAGCAGAACCGGUAUUCCGGCGAGUUCCGCAAGACGGGGGUCCACGAUGCUGACUUCGAGGCCCAGAUCAUAGACUCCCUGGCCAAGGCCGGCAAGAUCACCGUGUUCCCCGGGAAGUGAGGCGGGCGGAACGGCAGGAAGUGAAAGCUACAUUACCCAUCAGCCACUAGGCUCUCUGCUUGCAUGUUCAUGCACAUGGGCUCUGGGUGAAGUGGGGCCCCAGUAGUAGUAAACCAGGAUCCAAAACCCCUAAUCAUAACACCGCGGACAUUUCUGAGACUGAUCCUGGAUCAGUGCUUGGGGCCAUUAUCUGCCUAGAGAAAUACUCUUCAAACCUCUUAUCACUUUAGAGCUUGAACACGGGAGCAGAUUUGGGACGUUCUACCUCCUGCUGCAGAGAUCAGGAUUUUUAACUGGUGUCCCAGUAUCGCCCCCUGCAGGCUAACAGCCCUCCCCUCUGUGUCAGGAAAGCAUUCCUGGGAGAACGGAGAGGACUGCGCUCUGUCAAUCAAAGGGUUGGCCUGCCAAGUAUGGCUCCUUUUAAACCAAUUUACUGUCAGUGUACGCAGUGGGGGGCCGAACAAUCACAUGCCUUUGGAGGUGAACCUCAAAGCCAGACUCCGCAGACUCCCCCACUCAUCUGGCCUGCAAAGUGGGCGGGGACUUUGACUCCAGGACCGCCCUGCACAUAGCAAAGAUGGUCACUAAGGGGAGCCAGAGAGUGAAGUUUACGUGCUCUUUUGACUAAAGGACUUUCGCCAGUAAUUAUAUUUCUGUUUGUCAGUUCUGAAUGGUAAAGCCCUGGCAUCACUUUGGGCCAAGCCCAAAAGGCAUGUUUGGGCUGCACCAUCAGCGGUUUUCCUUUCUUAGCUUUUGCUCAUUUGUUUUAUUCGGGUUCGAUUUGAAGCCCUCGUGUUCUGCUCCUCUUUUUGUGCGUUCAGAGGUCAUGUGACUGACAGGCCUGCUGAUUGGGUUUGGAGGUGAAGGCGGGCUGCACCGCAGUCACACCCUGGUGUCUUGAUAUAGGUGCUCUCUGAUUGGCUGCAAUGUCUGAUUGGUUCAAGCUUUCUGACUUAGCCGAAUAGAAGGUCACUGAGGUAGCUUAACUAUGACACGCAGUCUACACAGGUGCACACACGCCUUCAGCAUCAAUGCAGGCACAUACUCUGAGGUAACAUGAUGUUGCUGCUGUUGUGACUGGCGAGCAUAACCUACAUACAGGCACUCAUACCUGAACACACACGGUACAGUUCUAGAGUACACUAGAUGUUACCUUCUGGAAGCACCUGAGGUGCCGGUUCCAACCUCUCUCCACUUAGCGGCAGCAGAUGUGUGACAUCAUCAGAUGUUGUCAUAAUGCAGAUUCCGCAUAUCUAAAGCCCUUGCCAUUCCACCACUUUUUGUUCCCUGAAUUGGGACUCAGUUCAGCGAUAUCUUUAUCGAGCGACGGCUCGGCGAGCGGCACCGACGUCUCCUUUUUUCAAAAGAAGGAACCGCGGGAGCCGCAGACGUCGGCCUCGCCCACGCGCCACGGGCGUACAGCGCCACGGAGGGGCGCGGAGCGAAACAUUGGGCAGGCAUCGAUUUUCUGCACCGACGUUUUUUUUCCUCACGCCGCGCUGCCAUGGAAACCGCACCGAUGUCAGUCGAGAGCGCGGGUGCCAGUCGAUCCCGCCACCGCGCAGGAGCGGGAACCAGAAGGCUUCAACUUUGACAUGGCCGCCCUUCGCCUCCUGUUCUCCCCGCUCGUUUCUUUAUCGCCGUCUGCCCGGCCCCACGCGAUUUCUGCUUGUACGCUGUUUCCGUGACAACAUCAGAUUUUUUUUUUUUUAAAGGAAGAAAAGCUAAAAGCAAAAAAAAAAAAAAAAAGCCUGCAGUUUAGAUUUCUUUUUUUUAAAGGAGUAGCCUACGAAUGUAUGAAAUCAGGUGUCUGUCUGUGUGUGUGGGUGUGUGAGAGACUUUCUGCAGCACACACAUUGCUUUGUCUUUCUGCAAGUUUUGAUUUUCAGGUAGAUCCCAAGAACACAGAUAUGCAUAUUGUCUGUAGGUUGUGCACACAGGAGCACACACACACACACACACGCACACAGACACACACAGACACACACACAGACACACACACGCCCUAGUGCCUUUUCCCUGCAAGCUAGUUAUUUGCUUCACAGGGUGCUCCUAAGCACUCUCUCUUAUGCCUCCCUGCAUUGUCCCGCCACUAGGGGGGCACUCUCCAAUGUCACAGUUUAUUACAAUGUAUAAUGCAUGUGUAUGUGAAUGAUUGAUAUAUAUAUCAAAUAAGGCCCAUGUAAAGGGGAGGUCAAGCAGUCAUUCACUAUAUACUAUUGGGCUGCUUCCUCCAUCUUUCCAACUUUCCAACCUGGUUUUCAGUCUGGGACAGUGCAGGGAUCCAGUCAGCACAUACGCUUACACACACACACACACACACACACACACACAAACAAGGGGGCAUUCAUCAUUAUUUUCCCAAAUGGAACAGGCCCCAGUUCCCCAGUCUGGCUGCUGCUGCAUCUCCCCAUUGUAUGAUGAGGGGUGGUCACAUUUACCCCCCCCCCCCCCCAACCAGACCUGCCGCCUCUCCGUCCCACCUCCUUUGAGAUUCCCCCACCCCGCCUCUCCCCAAUCCCAUUCCCUCAACACAAUGCCUCUCUUCCUGUUUUUUUCCAGAGAGGGUUACCAUGACGAUGGCGUGCCUUUUUUAAACCGCGAAUUAGAAUCACUGCGUCCUUUUCACACUCUGUACAUUUACCAUGUUCGCCCGACUCCCUUUUUUAUAAGCCUCUGAAAAAAAGGAAGGUGCUGAAAACGAAGAGACACCAGGAGAGAGAGAGAGAGAGAGAGAGAAAUUACUUCAGUUCUCUGUCACUGGGUGCUAGAGAUCAGACCAUUCCCACCUUUUCACCGUUUUCUAUUUCUCUCUCUUUCCUGGGAGAACAAAGAUGCUCACCUUUUUCUUCUCAUUUUUACAUUUUUAUCUUUUAAAAUCUAUUUUUAUUUGAUCUUUAUUUUACCAGGCAGGACAAUUAACCUUGGAAUCUUAUUUACAGUGAUGGCCUGGCAUUGUUACAUUACCUGGCAUUGUUACAUUACCUGGCAUUGUUACAUUAUCUGGCAUUGUUACAUUACCUGGCAUUGUUACAUCACCUGCCGCUGUUACAUUACCUGUCGUUGUUACAUUACCUGUCGUUGUUACAUUACCUGCCAUUGUUACAUUAUCUGGCAUUGUUACAUUUUUAAUUUUGCGACUUACCUGACCCUAUUUUGUGAGUUGAGAUACAGAGAUCUCUGACAAUAGCACCUGAACAUAAAAUAUGUUUAUAGUUACAUAUCCCUCCACCACAGGCACUUUCUUUUGUCAUAUCAAGGACAGCUCUUCUGCCACCCUUACAAUAUUUUCAGUAUGUGACAAGAGAACAAAAUUGAUGUGCAAUAUUUCACCAAAGAGUGUUAUGGUGACAGUCGUCAUAUUGCUCCAGUUGUUUUUGGGCCUGUUUAUUUAGAAUUUAUGUUGCAGCUCAUGAUUAACCCCCUUCCAAACCACUCUGAAGGGUUUUUGCCACAUUCUCUCAACGGUGGUUCUCUGAUUGGCUCAGAGGCUCACUCUAGGGAAGCUGAUAGGCUCAAGAGGCUUGCAGGAUUCAAAUAGUUUUCAUCCCAGACUCUGCCAAAGUCCCCUCUUCCCCCAUCGCAAACCGUUGACACUUUGUCACAUUUCCCUUUGUGAUGUCGUGACCUGUACGGCACGUGGAUGGGCUGCAGCUGUGGGCUCAGCGAAUACCACUGUCCGUGGAUGGGCUGCUGCAGUGGAAUACCACUGUUCGUCUGAUUUAAAUAUCAGUGAAUCCCAACAAGCCUGGCGGUCCCACUCACGUCCCUGUUCACAACACAGCUAACCCUUUGAGCCCCUGCGCAGUCUCUGAAUAUAACCUGAUGGAAACACCGCCACCUACUUGCGGUGGUGGCUAAAAUGCACAUUUUUAUUAAAGCAUCUGAAAUGACUCGGGAGUCUCUGGGCUCAUUCCAGUUGCUUAUUAUUCCCCUCUUUGUCUCCUCGGUCCUUGCCCGAUCUGGAAAUCGAACAAGGUCCAUCUUUUUGGUCUUUCCAACCUGUUAAUUGCUCCUUGACUGAGCCAGGAGUAAAGAGCGAGUAGGCUCCCAAAGCCUAUGAGUGCAUCUUUAGUAAGUGGAAGUAUUUUUUUUGAACGUGACGUAUAAAUGAUUGACCUGUGGAUCCACCUCUCCGCAUCUGCCACGUCUGUAAUUGAUGUGGUUUCAGUCUGCCGCUUCACUGAAAAAGGACGUUCCACUUGCCAGGUUCACGUUUCCUCGAUUCCUCCAUCCUUGUGUCCUUUCCUUGCUUCCUUUCCUUGCGUCCUCUGACGGGUGGAGCUAAGGAGCGAGGGAAAGGACACGAGGAAAGGAUGCGUGGAGGGAAAAUAAGCGCUUGGAAUGAACCCUCUCUCUCUCUCCGACUCAUUCAGAAAGUCAUUCUGGGAGUUUUCUUAAAAUUUGAAAAUGUUUUUAAGGGUCUUGUUGAAGUGUGAUGGGGAGGUGAGGGGGCAGAGAGGGGAUCUACCAACGCCCCCCUCCCCCCGUCCCACAGGACACAUGCGUCUGGCACACUUUAUUUACCAACGACACAAACUGUACAUACUCUGAGUGUUACUGCUCUUAGGACUGUCAUCAGUGUUACGAUUAUCAUUUGAUCUGUCCUUUCCUUUUAUAACCACAAUUUACCUGUGCGACAAAGGACUGUUUUUAUCUUAUGCUAUUGUAAAAAAAAUAAAUGUGACGGUGAAAGGACA